CAGUUAUUCGGUGUAAUAGAUUAGUAAGCUUGCUGUUCAAGUUUCUCUCUAGAAUACUUUUAAAAAUAUUUAUAGUCCUGGUUUUCCAUGACGUACGAUAAGUUAUGAUUUUAUUUGUGACUUUGUAAGCGUUAAAUUUGAUCUUCUAAGGAAAACUGAAUAAGAAAAUAAGAAUAUACUUGGGUAAAACUGAGUUUCAGAGAAGAAGAUGGUUAGGAAGAAGUUUCGCCAAAAUAUGAUUUUAAAAUAAUUUGUUAUUUGCAGGUGUUUCAAGUUACCCGAACUUAGUUCAAAACGAAAGACAACAUGGACAUGGACUGAGGACACGAAAAGGCUUUGAAAGAUACCUAGUGAUCUGCUAAUUGCUUAUGACGUUGAGCUUUCACGUUUUAUUUUGGUUUUACUCACUUUUUUGUGUAUUUUUUUUUUUUUAUUUGUUUAUUUUUUUGCGAAUUAGGUUUUGGAUUUUUUUUCUGGAAGAUCCUGAAAAGCAAAUUAAAGAGGGUGAACAAAGUGGCCUUCACCGAUCAACUACCGGUGGUUCUGAGCUGUGAUUGGUCAAUCGGAUGAUAAUAGUCGGAUUACCCGCAAAUCUUCAACGAAUCGAUUGUGCACUCCAUCAUAGAACGGUGCUGAAUCUUGAACGAUCAGAAAGGACGGAAACUAUGGCCGCAAGGCUUCUUUUCUGGCUUUCUCUGUGCGGAUUUACAGCAUCAAAUCCUCGUGCAGAUUUCUUGGACAGGCUGAACAUCACGGCACGAAAAUCGACAGCGUACGAUGAGCUGUUUGCAGACGGUCAUCGCGCGUAUCGCGAUGAAAAGUGGAGUGAAGCCAUCGAGCUCUUUGAGAAGGCAAUCGCUGAUUAUAGAAACGAAAAACAAGUCAAGAUUCAUUGUAGAUUGCGUUGCCGCGAGAGAUUCCAAGCAUCAUCGUCUCAUAAUACAAUCAGCGACUUCGAGCUGAAUUAUUAUCGUUACACGAUUUAUUCUCAGAAGUGUAGUCAGCAGUGCCGAGAAAAAUAUCUCGGUAAGCGAACCAAAGUCUCAGUCACGGUUCGGGACAGCUUCGAGAAAAGGCUUCCAUAUGGCUAUCUUCAAUUUGCCUACUACAAGGCUGGCCGAGCAGUAGAAGCAGCUAGAGCAGCUUACACAUGUACAGAAGCUCAACCACAAGACAAGGCCAUGGCAGACAAUAUAAAAAUCUACAAGAAAAUGCCUGGUGUUACAGAAUCUGGGAUUUUCUCAUUAGAACCCACACUUCAUCAAGAGAGUUAUUUCAAUGCUGCUCGUUUGUAUGAAGAAGAACAGUGGAGUGAUGCGAUCCAGGGAUUUGAACAAGCUCUUGAAGAGUAUUACACUGCUUAUGACAACUGCAAAAUAAUGUGUGAAGAGGAACGUGAAAAGAACAAGAUUUUAAGCAGAGCUGGCUUGUUUGGGGUUCAUGUUGACAUUUUGGAAUGCCGCAAUGGAUGCCCUGAUAAGCUGAGAGAAGUGAAGGGGAUUUUUGUGAGGAACUAUCUUGCAAGACACUACAACUAUCUCCAGAUGGCUUACUUUAAAGUGGGAAAGUUAUGGGAUGCUGCUGGCUGUGCCGCAAGUUAUUUGCUGUUGGAUCCAGAUGACGAUACAAUGAUUGACAACUUGAGAUAUUUCAAAGGGGAACUGGGAGAUCAGAGCCUAAAAAUAACAGCAAGAAAGUGCUGCAGAUGGCAAAGGUGUACAUGGAUGAGGCUGAUUUUGAUGACAGCGACACCUGGUUUCAUGAUGGUGGGGAUGAUGAACCAAGAGAAGAGGAAGUGAAACUUGAGGAUCUGGUAGAGGGGGAAGAAGCUUACACAGUUGAGAAGCUCUGGGGUCUGGGUCCAAUCAAAAAAGAACCACCAGUGGAGAAUCCAAAUGAUGUGGUUAAUUUUGAAAGAUAUAAGGGAUCAAAGAUUCUUAUGACUGAGGCUGACCUGAAUGGCACAUGGAGGGUCGCCGUGGAUGGAAUGGCAACUGAAGAGGAGUGUAAGAUGUUGAUUAAAUUAGCUGAGACUAAGGACAGUUAUGUGACAACAGUGUUAAAGUGCAAGAAGACAGCCACACUUGGUGAUGGUUACGAUCAACGAAACAAGGACGAGAAGCCAUUUUCUUUCACUGAGAAAGAAACGUUUUCCGGCGUUACUAUACUCUCUGCUUCAAAGGCAGCUCGUAGAAAGGAAGUACCUCUGGAGGAAGUAGAGCUUUACUUCAACCUGAGUGAUAAAGUUCGGCAGUUUACUGAGGAUUAUUUUCAACUGGACACGCCUUUGUACUUUUCAUAUUCACAUCUAGUCUGUCGCACCUCGCUAAUGGACCCCAGAGAUCCCGACCCAGGCUUCCAUUUGAGCCACCCAAUUCAUUCGGACAACUGUUUACUGAACCUUGAUGGACUGGGCUCUUGUCCCAAGCGAUCGCCAGCUUAUACGUGGAGAGAUUUUAGUGCUCUGCUGUAUCUGAAUGGUGAUUUCAAAGGAGGGGAGUUUUUGUUUGCUAACCCUGAUGACUCUGUUCAGGCUAAACUUAAACCAGAAUGCGGACGAGCCGUUGCUUUUUCAGCUGGACUGGAGAAUCUUCACGGUGUGGCCGGCAUUCGAGAGGGGCGCCGGUGUGCUCUGGCUCUGUGGUUUACUUUACGACAAAAACACGACGAACAACUUCGAAAAGUUGCCUGGGAAACUCUUCAGAUGGCAAAGGAGGAAAAGCGAUUGACAGAGUUGCCGUUGUUUAAGCCGGAAGUAGCCGCACAUUCUGAACUCUAGCCGAAGCUUCCGUUUCUAAAAUUCAAGUUUUAUACCGAGAGCAAGCUCACAUUUUCAAACAUCAAGCGAAGACGUUUAGGGUUAAUCAAGCGACGAGCAAACGCGGAGAACUUACUCUUAGGCUAAUUACCAAACUGCAGGACAGAUAACCCGGCGGGGUGGGGAAGGGUACCGACAAAGUCCAAGACGAGCUAAAAACUAGGCUACGUCUUAAAAUACUUUUGUAAACUUCGUUUUGUUUUAAGUCAGUUUUGGAGGCAUUGUUUUAAUGGUUACCACUGGCAGUAAGAGUUUAACUUUUUCGGUUUUUUAAGAGAAAUUUUUCAUAUACCUUGCCCCUAUUGAUCUAAUUUGUAAUCACUCUUCGACGGAAGAAUUGGAAGUGGUUUUCGUGUGAUAGUGAAUGCUGUUCUCACUUUUUUCCUGCUUUAAAAUUGGUUGACUUGAGUGGAAAGAAAAUGUGUCCUACGAAAUCAUUACGUUUGCAUGUACGGUGGGAAACUGCUGUUAUAAACUAAUUAACAUGCUGGGGUUGAGAAGUAACACCAAUACGUGCGGCUAGCAAUUAUUUCUAAGAAGGAAACUAAAAAAUGGAGAAUAGUUGUUGUUAUCGUUGAAGUAAAACAGAAUUUUUUAAAAUUUUAAAAGAGGCCUUACAGUGGAGUCCAUUGUGUUUGCGCAAGGCGGUGACCUCGAUCCAACGAAACGAAUGUUUCCUAUAAUUCUUGAUGCGAAAGGAAACUGAGAAAGGUUGCUUUUCGUUUUUGUAAGUAAUACUAAGGCUACUGAUAGACUUUGCUUAUAUGCAGAAAUAUACGUGUAUCAGACACACAGUAAAAUUUUAUAUUAAUCAGAUUUCCGUAAUUUUGAUAGAGCAUGUUCUUUGAUUACAAAGAUAUGAUACGUGUGCCAAGAAUUCAGCCAUUGAGGUAAAUUCGAGGAUACAAAAUUUAAAUUUACCCAAAGAAAUUACAUUGUUUAGCAGGUUAAUUGAGAGAGUUAAGGGGACUUAAUAGCAAGCGGGUUGUAACGUCACAUUAUGCCAUUCCGAACGAAUUAUUGUGAACGAAAAGCAAAUUAUACGUCAAUAAAAGUGUGUCACGAG